AUGUCUCUCCUGGAAGCCCGCGUCAAGACCGUUCUGUCUGGUGACACCCUCAUCUUGACACAUGUCAUCAACCGCAGCCAGGAACGAACGCUGAUCUUGGCCUAUGUGUCCGCUCCGCGGUUACGAAGAGAGGGUGAUGAGCCAUUUGCCUUCCAAUCUAGAGAAUUCCUACGCGAAUUGCUUGUGGGCAAGGUCGUUAAGUUCCAGGUGCUCUACACCGUCCCCACCACGAAACGGGAAUACGGCAUCGUGAAACUUCAUAAUAACCAGGAAUUGCCAGAGCUCUGCGUUGCGGAAGGAUGGGUCAAAAUGCGUGAGGAUGCGGGCAAGCGGGAAGAGUCCGAGGAUAUUGUGGCGACGGUGGACAAACUGCGGGAACUUGAAAACCGUGCGCGGUCGGAAUCAAAGGGCGUGUGGGCGUCGACUGGCGGGGAACUCGAAACUGCUUAUGAAGUGCCAGAUCCAAAGGCACUGAUUGAGAGCGAAAAAGGGAACCAAAUUGCUGCAGUUGUGGAAAGGGUACUUAGUGGUGACCGCCUGAUCGUCCGGUUACUUGUUGCCCCGCAUAAACAUAUCCAAACCUUGGUCGUGGUUGCUGGUAUCCGGGCCCCGGCAACGAAACGAACGAACACAGACGGCACAGAACAACCGGGAGAACAGCUUGGAGAACAGGCUCAGCAAUUUGUGGAACUCCGGCUACUCCAGAGAAAAGUCAAGAUCUCGCUGCUUGGUGUGACGCCACAAAAUCAACUCGUUGCCAGCGUCCUCCAUCCUAAUGGCAACAUUGCUAAGUUCCUUCUCGAAGCUGGCCUGGCCCGAUGCGCAGACCACCAUUCUACUAUGAUCGGAAAGGACAUGACUACUCUACGACAGGCCGAGAACGCCGCGAAAGAAGCGCGAAAAGGAUUAUUUAUGAGCCACAACGCGCCCAAAGCUGGCGCUGGCGCUUCGCUAGCGGAUUAUGUUGUGACUCGAGUGUUUAGUGCAGACACCAUUUUUGUUCGAACGAAGACCGGAAAGGAUGAGAAGCGGAUAAGUCUCAGCAGCGUCAGACAUCCAAGAACAUCCGACCCUAAGCAGGCACCUUUCAUCUUAGAGGCUAAGGAAUUUAUGCGCAAGAAGCUCAUUGGUAAACACGUCAAAGUAAAAAUUGAUGGAAAAAGACCCGCAUCGGAAGGCUACGAGGAACGGGAGGUUGGUACGGUCAUGUCUGGAAACACAAACAUUGCAUUGGCCCUCGUGCAGGCUGGUUACGCAUCCGUCAUCCGCCAUCGCCGGGAUGAUGACGACCGGUCUCCUGAAUACGAUGAUCUACUCCGCGCGGAAGAAGCAGCUCAGAAGGAGGGGAAAGGAAUGUGGUCUACUAAGCCCCCAACCGUUAGAACGCCCCAGGACUACUCCGAGAAUGUGCAAAAGGCGAAGAUUCAGGCCUCCGUGCUCCAGCGGCAGAGGAAGGUGCCUGGUGUUGUUGAUUUCGUAAAAUCUGGCUCUCGCUUCACCAUCCUACUUCCUAAAGAUAAUGCUAAGCUCACACUGGUCCUUUCCGGCAUCCGGGCUCCCAGAUCGGCGAGGAACCCAGGAGAGACUGGGGAGCCAUUCGGGCAAGAAGCCCAUGACUUCGCCUACCGAAGAUGUAUGCAACGCGACGUUGAAAUCGACGUUGAGACGAUUGACAAGGUCGGUGGAUUCAUCGGCAGUCUCUAUAUCAACAGAGAAAGUUUUUCCAAGAUUCUUGUUGAAGAAGGCCUUGCGACUGUCCAUGCCUAUUCUGCUGAGCAAGGAGGUCACGCUGCAGAGCUGUUCGCAGCGGAGAAAAAAGCCAAAGAGGCACGAAAAGGCUUGUGGCAUGAUUGGGAUCCAAGCAAGGAUCUUGAGGAGGGCGAGACCGUUACCACGAACGGAAAGAAUGGCGCAGAAGCCGGCGCAGACGCUCCCCAGCAGCGCAAAAAAGACUACCGCGAUGUGAUGGUCACGAAUGUAGACGAAAAUGGAAAGCUAAAGAUCCAGCAAAUCGGCGCCGGCACAACAGCCCUCACCGAGAUGAUGAGCGCGUUCCGAGCCUUCCACCUCAACAAGGCAAACGACACUGCUCUGAGCGGCCCACCCAAGGCCGGAGAUCUAGUCGCGGCCAGGUUCACGGAGGACAACGAGUGGUACCGCGCAAAAAUACGGAGAAACGACCGUGAAGCUAAAAAAGCCGACGUCGUUUACAUCGACUACGGCAACUCCGAAACCGUUCCGUGGACCCGCCUCCGACCCCUCACGCAGCCGCAGUUUUCCGUGCAGAAAAUUCGACCCCAAGCCACCGAUACAGUUCUCUCCUUCUUGCAACUCCCCGCGUCUCCCGAAUACCUCCGUGAUGCUGUGGGAUACCUUGGUGAACGGACAUUGGAUCGCCAAUUAGUUGCGAACGUCGACUACACGGCGCCCGAUGGGACAUUGCAUGUUACUCUGAUGGACCCGUCCGAAUCUAAGAGUCUGGAGCACAGCAUUAAUGCCGACGUGAUCAGUGAGGGACUCGCGAUGGUCCCGCGCAAGCUCAAGGAAUGGGAACGGUCAUCGACAGAGACGCUGGCGCAUCUUGAGAAACUGCAAAACGAGGCAAAAGAGGGGCGCAAGGGCAUGUGGGAAUAUGGAGAUCUGACGGAGGACUAA